CAUUUACCGUGGCGUGCAGCGGAUCCUGUAGAACUACAGGACGCUCCAGGAAAUAAUUCCCAUCCUGGCAAUGAAUGAGCUGUUCGUAGUGUUGCACAUAGUGCAUUGUACUAGCACUUUUCGCACAGUUUGGUCUACGAGAACGGUGCGCUUUUUGUGCUCUUAACGUGCUAUGCGCUUUGAGUUUUUGAGCCCUGUCCGCUCUUUGAGCACUUGGGGUUUGGUCUCCAUUUUUUUCACGUCCACGUAAAACUUUCCGCACAGUCGCGUACUUUAAGCGCUGUGUUGUAAUGCGCGCAUAAUAUGAAGUGCUGUGCGCAUGAUGCGCCGUUUCCAGCGUUUCGAUUUGCAGGCGUUUCAGAUCACAGAAUUGUUCACGGGCUAUGCCGGCAAGCUGGUGAACAAAGAGAACAUUAUCAAGGUUUACACCAUGCUCAUGAACGGCAAACUCGACCAACUGACAGAGAUUGCCUUUUACAUGGUCGGUCCGAUCGAGAAUUUUGGCAAAACGAAGUAAGGUGUCUGGCCA